UUGAUCAUGUGACGCUGUACGUCAACCACGUAAUGGCAGCCUCUUGUUUUCUAAAUUAACACAAGGAACGGUGGAGUUUACUUUUCACUAAUAAUAUCCGUGGUCGCAUCUCGAAGCAUCGUGCAAGAAUCCAGCCAAUCGAAGCUGGAAUGUCCCCCAAGAUCACGGUGGAGCUGCUGAGGAAGCUGAGGCAGGUGAUGAAGGGCAGCAAGUAUGUCGCUGAGCCCAUCCAGGCUUACAUCAUCCCUUCAGGCGACGCCCACCAGAGUGAAUACAUCGCUCCCUGUGACUGCAGACGGGAGUUCAUCUGCGGUUUCAACGGCUCGGCGGGCACUGCUAUUGUGACAGAGCAACAUGCAGCCAUGUGGACGGAUGGGCGGUACUUCCUACAGGCCAGCCAACAGAUGGACAACAACUGGACUCUAAUGAAAAUGGGUCUGAAGGAGACUCUGUCCCAGGAAGACUGGCUCAUCAGCGUCCUGCCAGAAAACUCCAAAGUGGGGGUCGACCCCUGGAUCAUUGCUGCCGACCAGUGGAAGACCCUGGCGAAGGCCCUAAGCAGUGCUGGCCACUCACUUGUCGCUGUUCAACAGAAUCUCAUUGAUGCUAUCUGGGAGGAUCGCCCUGCCAGACCCAGCACACAGCUCAGUGCCCUGGGACUAAAAUACACUGGUCUGCGCUGGCAGGAUAAAGUCAUGCAGCUGAGGGCCAAGAUGGCAGAAAGGAAGAUCUCCUGGUUUGUGGUGACGGCCCUGGACGAGGUCGCAUGGCUUUUUAAUCUGCGAGGCUCUGAUAUCGAGUACAACCCUGUGUUCUUCGCCUACGCCAUCAUUGGCAUGAACAGCAUACGGUUGUUUUUGGACGAGAAACGCACGGCGGACCCGGUGGUGCGGGACCACCUGGUGCUGACUGAACCCAGCAAGGCGGAGCUGCAUGUGGAGUGCCUCCCCUACCAGCGUGUGCACGACGAGCUGCAGGCCGUCUGCUCCACACUCGGGCCCAAAGACAAGGUGUGGAUCUGCGACAAAGCCAGCUGCGCCCUCACCCAGGCCAUCCCCAAGAUGCACAGAGCUCCCAUCCCCUACACUCCUCUGUGCUUGGCGAAAGCAGUCAAAAACCCCACAGAGAUACAGGGCAUGCGGAUGGCACACAUCAAAGAUGCUGUGGCGCUCUGUGAGCUCUUCACCUGGCUGGAAAAAGAGAUUCCAAAAGGCACAGUCACAGAGAUAUCGGCUGCAGAUAGAGCAGAGGAACUCCGCAGUCAGCAAAAGGACUUUGUUGGCCUCAGUUUUCCUACCAUCUCCAGCGUUGGCCCAAACGGUGCCAUCAUCCACUAUCGGCCUCUUCCGGAGACCAACCGGACUCUGUCUCUUACCGAACUUUACCUUAUUGACUCCGGGGCACAGUACAGGGACGGGACGACAGACGUGACCCGCACCAUGCACUUCGGGACUCCCACGGACUAUGAGAAGGAGUGCUUCACGUAUGUUCUGAAGGGCCACAUCGCCGUCAGCGCUGCAGUUUUUCCUAAUGGAACCAAAGGACACCUGCUCGACUCCUUCGCCCGGGCCGCCCUGUGGGACUCUGGGCUGGACUACUUGCACGGUACGGGUCACGGUGUGGGCUGUUUCCUCAAUGUGCACGAGGGCCCGUGUGGAAUCAGCUACAAGACCUUUGCCGACGAACCACUGGAGGCCGGCAUGAUACUGAGUGAUGAGCCUGGGUAUUACGAGGACGGCUCCUUUGGCAUUCGACUGGAAAACGUUGUUCUGGUUGUUCCCACAAAGCCUAAAUAUAACUACAGGAACAGGGGCAGUCUAACAUUUGAGCCUAUCACCCUGGUCCCCAUACAGCUGAAGAUGAUCAGAUCUGAGUUGCUUACACAGAAAGAGCGGGAUUGGCUGAAUGAUUACCACAGAAAAUGCCAAGAGAUAAUUGGAGCAGAGCUGGAGCGGCAGGGCAGGAAGGAGGCACUGGAUUGGCUGAUUAGGGAAACCCAGCCAAUCAUGUGAAAGUGUAGUUGGUGGUGGUUUUUUUUGUUUUGUUUUGUUUUUUAAUUUAACCCAGUCCUAAUCUUUGCAGUAAAGUGACUUUUUUGUCAUUGUCUUAUGAGGUUCUCUCCUUCUCUCACUCUUUUUCUUUCUCUUGCUCUCCCUUUUUCUGGUUCUCUAAUCAGUAUACUUCUCUUGAUGCUUACUUUGUAAAGCAGAUCCACAUCACUUCUUUUAUGAUCCAAUAAAACAAAGGUGAAUAAUGAAA